AGCUCCCAUCACUGGCCAACAUUUGCAUUUUCACGAAGGACAAUGGGACCAAAGAAGGGAAACACCAACACUAAGGUGGAGGCCGCGAACCAGCGCAAGGCAGCGCAAGCCGCGGACAAGAAGUCGAAGAAGUCCGCGCAGGAAGAAGCAAACGCAGCGGCGGAUUGGGCUCAAGGUGCGGACGGUCGUUCUGCCAAACGCGCCCAGGAGGAAGAGUUGAAGCGCCAACAAGCUGACGCGAAGAAAGCAGAGCUGAAGCGUCUGCAGGAAGAAGAAGAAGCGGCGAUGAGUGGCAUCAAGGCGAAGGCCAAGUCGAAAGCUCAAAAAGACAUUGACAAGCCAUGGGAAGCUGCAUUGGCACCUGUUGCGAAGAAGAGCAACAAGGGCAGUCGUGCCCCUCCACCAGCCCCCAAAGUCGUCGCAGCCCCCGCCCCGGCGCGGCCAGCUUCUCGCAACGACAUUGUGUUUGACGAACGCUCUGACGACGACCUGUUCCAAAACCGAAAUCGCUUGCAAACGGAUGCGUUGGAAGCGACGACGAUUGAAGGAGCGUUGGACAUGCUUGGGGUCAACGACAAAGACCCUGAACGCCACCCCGAGCGCCGCAUGAAAGCGGCCUACAAAGCGUUUGAAGAAGUGACGAUGGUCCAGUUGCGAGAAGAUUUCCCUGGCCUGAAGCUAUCUCAGUACAAGCAACGCUUGAGCGACUUGUGGCGCCGAUCGCCUCAAAACCCGUUGAACCAAGACACUGUAGCCUACAACACCAAGAAGAAUUAGAAAGCCACGUAGAAUCCCGUGAUUGCACCUUGGGGAGUCGAACCAAUAUAAUGUGGUCAUCUACAGCCAUGAUUCGGUCUUGCCUGAGCUCGUCCUUACUGGCAAAAACUAUUGUCGCGUGUA